AUGCUCAUUGCUUCCUGUACUUUAAUUACUUUGCAGCUUGGUGCUUGUGUUGUUGUUGCACAAGAUUUAUAUGAAACAUCGAAAUCAAUCUCAACUUUAAACAAUUUGCUUGAGUUAGAUAUUCAACAGGAUCGUGUGAAACAAGGUGGCAGCCAUUCACGUAAUCUACUUAGAGUUAAGCGUGGACUUGACAUGGUCAAGGUGUUGUUUGAGCAUAUUCUUGAAAAAGAUGAAAAUUCCCCGAGGGACCCCGCAACUGUAGCAUAUGCAAAGGUGUUUGCUGCUCACCAUGGUUGGGCAGUACGGAAAACUUGCAGUUGCUGCAAGAAUGUAUGCCCUUUGUCAAAAGCACAGCUAUUGAAGAAGCUAAAUAAACACGAGGCAUCAGUAAUGACUUACAUGCAAACCUACAUCAGAAGCUCAGGUCCUGUCAUCAUGUACGUUGAAGAGCUAUAUAACUCGAGACAAAAUGGCGAUAGAUUGGUGAGGACAGGCGCAUCCUGGUGCUAG